AUUGUCAAGCAGUGUGAUGUCGGGCAAUUCGGGUGAUGUAAACCCUUCAACGGCGACGCCAUUUCUUUCCGGUGUCAAAUACUACUGAGGUAGUAUCGCGAAGCGAGAAAAAUGACGAAGGGUACUUCGAGUUUUGGAAAACGCCGCAAUAAGACCCACACGCUGUGCCGUCGCUGUGGGCGCUCAUCGUACCACAUCCAGAAGCACCGAUGCGCUCAAUGCGGAUAUCCAUCGGCUAAAUUGCGGUCCUACAAUUGGUCCGUGAAGGCCAAGAGGAGGAAGACCACAGGAACUGGUCGCAUGCGCUAUCUGAAGAACGUCAGGAGGCGCUUCCGCAACGGAUUCCGCGAGAAUGUCACUGCUAAACCACGCAAGGCACAGGCUUAAGCUGGAAGAAUUUGUGUAAAUCCUUGUGAGCAAAGAUUGAAGAAUUAAAAGCCGCGAAUCAUGCUUUCUGGUAUGAAAAUUUAA